AUGUUUUGCUCUCGUUUCGGCCCAUGCCAGGCCAGACCCUUGGCGGAAAAGGCAUUUGGCGCACAAAAAUCCAUAUCAAGGAAGACAAUAGUCCAAGUCCACUUCCCUCGGAAUGUAUUCGCAACGUCGCCAUCAACUCAAAACAUAGCCGGACAGCCUGUCCGAGCAUUCCACAGACCAGACAGGAAAGAUGUUGGUCAAUCACAACAGCUGUACGAAUUAUCUCUUGGGCUCUCUCGAAUUCCAAUGAACGGCAACGCAGAAAUUCAGCAUACACUGUACGAUGCCAAAAAUGCCAGUGUCUCCACCAAAAUGUUGACCAAACUUGCAAUUGCAAACCAAUAUCGUCUAAGUACGCGAGAUUUGCGUUCCAUUGAUCUACCAUCGACCGGAUACCCGCACAUUCUCGUCCGCGAGCAAACCAUACUAAUUUACAUGUUCAGUUUGCGACUCCUGGUGCAAACAGAUCAGGUGCUGAUGUUCCAUGUCGAAGGAGCAGUUGAUCAUGAGCAGGCCAAUCAAUGGCGUGUUUUCAACCAUGACAUUGAAGAGAAACUACGUGGAGAUCACGGAGCAGGUGUCGCAGUUAGCUUACCCUUCGAGCUACGUGUGUUAGAAGCCGCGCUGGCAUCAACCACCUCGACAAUCGAAGCAGAAUAUUUGUUGGCCAAGGAACAGAUAGCAGAAGCUCUACGCCAAUUGGAUCUGCAGAUGGCGGGCGAUGAGGAAAGCCGCAUACAUUCCGACCUUCGGGUUCUUCUCGAUCUUGUUCAGAUUCUCUCGGGGAUUGAACAGCGUGCUCGGCAUGUUCGCGAUGCUAUCCAAGAGGUUCUUAACGACGACGCGGAUAUGGCAGCCAUGCAUCUCACCGAUAAACAGGCUGGUAGACCACACGCGCCAGAAGAUCAUCAAGAUGUUGAAUAUCUUUUGGAGGCGUACUAUAAGACAAGUGAUGCUGUGGUCCAAAAAGCAGAAAGUCUGCUGGGCAAAAUAAAGCGAAAAGAGGAGAAUAUUCAGUCGAUCCUGAAUGUGCGACGCAACCAGAUUAUGGUGCUGGAAACCAAGGUUGAGAUUGCCAUGCUGGGGAUAACAUCGGCGACCCUCGUAGCUGGGUUCUAUGGCAUGAAUGUGACCAAUUACUUCGAAGACAGUGCAUGGGCUUUUGGAGUUGUGACUUCGCUAUGUUUGGUUGGUAUAGCGGUCAUUUGGCGCUUUGGGCUUCGUCAAUUACGGCAGAUCCAAAAGGUCCAGAUAUAG